GUUGCUUUUUGAACUUUUUGAAACUGCACCUUCGCGAUAAAAAAAAUAAUAAAAAAAAUAAAUAAAAAGUCAAAACCGGCCAAAUUUAAGUGUAAAAUGUCUCUCGACGUGUUUCCCGUCUGUUCCAGCUGUGGAAAGUAUUCGGUUUUAGCUAUUUCCUGCACAAACUGUCUGCAAAUUUGCUGCACUGCUUGUUUCAAUGUUUUGGUUAGUGCAAUGGUAAUGGCUGAUGCCGAUGUGGCACUGUUGGCGGCUCGAGUCUGUCGGAAAUGCCGCAACGAAUGUCGCGUGACCAACUCGGUCACCGGUCCUGGAAACGAAACGAAUGCAUCACUGAGUGUCGACAGAAGUGAUCUUUGCGAUUUGCAUUGGAAAGAGCGUACGCUAUAUUGCUUGAACUGCUCGGUGAGUAUUUGUGGAGACUGCAUGUGCCUUGGAGAGCCACACGACUUUCACCGGAUCGACAAUUUGGUGGCCGUUUAUUUCGAGAGGACCUCAAGGCUAAGGGAUAAAUUGAAGAUCGCUGAGAAAUUCAACGAUGAACUACAUGCGGGAAGUGAGGUUUAUCGGAGAAAUCUUCGGUUCAUUGAGAAAGAAGAGGCUGAGAUGUUAGAAGAGAUUGAAGCAAUUGCCGAGGAAUCUCGACUGGAAGUGUCGCGAGUCACUACAGUUCGGAAGCAGAUACUAAAGGAAAAGCUGAAUGUUCCUUUUACGAAUGGUGCGGUUUUGGAAGAUAUGUGGAAUACAGCAAAACAGGUGUCGCCGUACAGAUUGUUGAAUUUACUUUCGGAGUUUGAUGCUAAUUGUGAUAAACUGCUAGCUCAGGACGUCAAAGUUACGGUUCAACAAACUGACGACUUUCAAUGCCAACUGAUCGAAAAAUAUAAAUGUACGGAAAUUGUUUUUCGAGCGUUUCGCAAUGCUGCCAACGGGGAUAUCUCUGUCUCUCAAUUGAUUAUGGACAACGGUGUUGAAUGGAGAGUUACGGUUACGAAAAUGGAUAUGAUUCUUAUUGAGCCACGUACAGUCGACCCUCGAAUACAGGAAUUUCCCCACAAGCUGCUGGUAACGAUUCCUCAUAAGGACUAUGAGAAGACGAUACACCAAUCAUUCGAACUCGAAGACCAAUACAAAGCGAUAGAGGUUGUAUAUUCCUCAUUUCUUGUAGAAGAAGGUUUUUGCAGGGAAACCAAUGGCGAUUUAGUGAUGAAGAUUGGCGUUCGUUGUAAAAAUGUAUUGUCUGAAUUGGACAUAAUGGAGCUUCAGUACAAUGGUGUAAGAGAUGAAGAUGACUACAAACACCUUGUUAUGCAUUUUCAUCCAAAAUUAAGCAAUCUUAAAAAUAGAACGCCAAUACGUUCCUCUGAAGUUAUAGAUGGUAAAAAUAGACAGUGGUAUUUGGAGGUUUAUGCAGAUGUGCAUUCGAACAAACUUAAAGCUUUUAUCGGUUUGCAGAAACGAUCUGCCGUUUGCUGUGAUUUCUUCAUCGAACUGAUACAUACCAAUGUAACGAAAAAUAUUGUCAUAAAACGACAGAGCAAAAAUUUCAACACAUCAUUUAUAUGGGAAUAUCAGUUUAUCAGUUUAGACUCAUUGAACAACGAUUGCGGCUUUUCUCCAGGUGGUAAUUUGCAUUUUCGGUUUGGAGUGCGGCCCUUAUCCAAUUCUACAGAUAUCUCAGCACAAGGUGCAUCAGCGAAUGCCUAAUAUUGUUUGUUAGAAAACACUUAAUGUUGAACCUUUUUUUUUUCAAAGAACCUAAACUGAAUAUGAUAAGCAAACACGUAGAUUAUAAUGAUUUAUAUACAUGCUGCCAACAUCUAAUGUUAUCGAAUAUUUUAUAGUCCAUUGUUACAUAAUAAAUUAAUGAUCUCAUAAUUUUUGGAAUCUACUUGGGGGGGAGGGGGGAAAGCCUAUCUGUUGGAUCGUAGUAAUCAAUGGAUCA